GCUCCGCUCGGAGAAGCGCUGCCCCAAACCCAUGGGAUUGAGAAAUCAAAAACGGCCAAGUCCAUAAUGAUUCUGUCAAGUUUUCGCUGGCUGCGUCAGCCAAGUUGAGCUUGUAUCCGCUCAACAAAUCCAUCAUUGAUGUCUAGCCGGAUUUCGGACUGGUCUGCCCAAAUUGCUUAGGCCAUCUCUUGGCCUUGUCUAUGUUCGAGGCUAACAUUUUAACCAUUAUACAAGGCCGACGUGUCCGCUUUCUAUUUAUGUAGAUCGUCCGACCCUCGAAUAUCUCUGGGGCCGAACGUUUUUACAGAGAGACUGGUUCGAACAAAAACAAAUCGCAAUGAGCACAGAGGUUUCUGUGGCCCGUUCAAACCUCAAGAUCUCUUGAGAUUUUACUGCAAUUUGGCAUUUUUUUCUUCUUUUUUUUGAAACUUUUAUGCAACCGAAAGAGUGAACUCGAAGAAAUUCAGUUUCAGUCUCUUGAAACUUACCUUAGUAACCAAAUACUGCGCACCCUCGCGGAAAUAGCGUUGCGACACAUACUCGCAUCCACUCAGGAUUCAAACACACAAUAUGACAUUACUACCCAAGGGUUCUGAAAAGAUGCCACUGCUUGAUGGGCAGCAGAGGGCUACCUUCCCUCCCGCAACGUUUGCAGACGCAAUCCCAAGGCCAUGGGGCCGGCGAGUUCCACAGGCCAUUGCCCACCGCGGCUACAAAGCCAAGUGGCCCGAGAACACAAUGGCCGCCUUCGCCGCCGCCUUCGCGGUUGGCGCCCACGCCAUUGAGACAGACUUGCAUCUUACUAAAGACAAGGUGGUCGUUCUGUCACACGAUGGCACGCUGAAGCGUUGCUUCGGCGAAGACCGGAAGCUUGCCGAUUGUGACUGGAGUUACGUGAGCACGCUACGGACCAUGAAGAGCACACCGUCACCCAUGCCGAGGUUAGCAGAUCUGCUGCAUUACCUGACACAGCCUGGUAUGGAAGACAAGUGGCUCUUGUUGGAUAUCAAGAGAGACGAUGAUCCGGACGAGCUCAUUCGCCGGACAGCAGAAACGUUUGCAUCAAUACCGUCUGUACGUCCCUGGAAGGACAGGAUAAUAAUGGGUUGCUGGGAUGCGAACUAUAUGCGCCGCUGUAGCCACCACCUCCCCGGCUUCUCGGUCGCCUACAUUGGCUGGUCGCUGCCCUACGCCCGACAGCUCCUCAAACACUCCAACGUCUCAUUCAACCUUCUCCAAAAAGCGCUCGUUGGUCCGUUUGGGACGCAACUCCUGCGAGCCGCAGAGGCUCGCGGCCGGCAGGUCUUUGUCUGGACGGUCAACGAGGUCGAAUGGAUGGAAUGGAGCAUCAAAAAGGGAGGCAUCGAUGGACUCAUCACCGACGACCCGGAGUUAUAUAUAGAGGUCUGCAGGCGGCAAGACGACGAUAGGGGUGAUGAGAGGGGAUACGUCAUGGGCAGCGGACUGGAGCAGAAAAUGUUGCCCCAGGAGUCUGGCGCACUGAGGUGGACGCGAUUGUACGCCGAGGUAAUUAUAGUGCAGAUCAUUACCAGAAUCAUAAUCUUGGUGACUAGGAUCAGAUUAGGGUCCGAAAGGAAACGGGUAAGAGAUGGGAUGAGAGGUUAAGGCAUAGAUGAUAUCAUUUACCCUCGAAGUAACGAAUGAAAUCAAACUCAGGAAAAGAAAAGAGAAAAAAUUGCCAAAUUAGAGUUAUGUUCUGUCAUAUAAACAGGGUCAGCUUUGG